AACUUGAAGAGCAAGAUAAUAGCUAAAAAUGAUGAACAAAUCCUUCCUCUCCAUGCUCCUAUUGGUCCUCCUCAUCUUCUCUUCUUCAGAAGAGAUGAUGGGUCGUGGUGCUGAGGCUCGAAUAUGCAAGUCCAGGAACCACCACUACCAUGGCCUCUGCUUUAGCCACAAGUGCGCUACUCGUUGCCGAAGGGAAGGCUACACUGGCGGUCAUUGUCACCACUUCCCCCGCCAUUGCUAUUGCACUCACAGUUGUUAAUUGCAAUAUUGUUUUUAAUAUGUGAGCUUUGUACUCUUUGUUAUGCUUUCUAAUAUCAUCUUUACCUUCAUUUCAUGAAUAAACUUUGUU